GUCCGCCGAAUCGACGCGGCGCUGACGUGCGAUACGCUAAACUAGUGUUUCCACCGUGAAAUCACCACUGUUAUUUGUUUAUACCUACUUUGGAUUUGAUUACAUAGCUCCAAGAAUCUACUGUCGAUCUUGUGGUGUACUGUACGUGUAUAUGUGAAGUUUGAAACGACUUAUAUUGUGAAUCGGUUCGGCCGUGCUCGUUUAUGUGCUGAAUGGUGAUUAAAAGUAAUUUACUUCGCUUUUACGGUACGGAGGGUCGGUCGGUUCGUAUCGAUCGCUUAUCGAAACAAAGCACUGGAUUGUUUUGGCCGCGUGGUAGAGGCCGGUGCAGCUAGGUGUCCGUUGCGAGGAUCAUCGGGAUGCGAGUGUUGUUGUGAUGGUGCAUCAGUCGUGCCAGUAACGCCGCAGUGUUAGUGUAACAGUAUAGUGCCCCAUAAGUGUUGAAUGGAUUGUGUCAUUUUGGGAUUGCCGUCAACAGUCAUCGGGAGAUCAAGUUGGGAACGGGCUACAAUGGUGUGUGCGCGUGCGGCGCUGCGGGGGGCGGGCGCGGCGAGCCGGCGCGCAUGGCGGCGCCAAUGAGGGAGGGCGCGCCGGCCGGCGGAGCUCGCCCCGCGCCCCUCGCGCCCCAUGCGCCCCAUGCGCACCCUGCACACCCCACCAACUUUGAGUACGAUGACAACGAGUGGGACAUCGGCAUCGGCGACCUUAUCAUAGACCUCGAUGCCGACAUAGAGAAGACGGACGAGGCGGGCGGCAUGGCGGCGCGCGCCGAACCUGACGCGCAGCGCACCGCGCUCAAGAUGAAGAUCAAGCGCACCAAGCCCGGCACCAAAAGCUCCGAGGCCAAGCACGAGAUCGUCAAGUCGAACGAGAUGAAUGGCGAGCCGAAGACCGCGGCGGCGGCGGCGGCUGCGGCUGCUGCUGCGGCUGCAGCGGCCGCGGCGCCAGCAGUCGCCAAGCGAGGCUCGGGGGGUCACCGGCGCGACAAGGCGCGGGAGAAGCACCAUCACCCGCACCCGCCCCACGACGUGAACGGAGUAGCGCGCGUGCCGCCGCCGCCCAAUGCGCCCGGGCCGCCCGCACCACCCUCGCCGGCUCAGCCGCCGGCUGCCGCGCCCCCCGUCAAGCAGGAAGCGCGCCCGCCCGCGCCGCGUCCAGAGCCCAAGCCCGCCGCGCCGGCUUCGACGCCUACUCCUCCCGCGAGUUCGCCCGCGCCCGCGCCUCAUACACCCCUACCUCCUCCGACACAUGCGAACCAUGCAUCGCAUGCGCCUCAUACACCUCAUACACCGCAUUCGACCCAUGCGUCGCAUGCGCCUCACACGCCUCACGCGCCAUCACCCGCUGCCAAACCAGAACCGGACGAUUCGCGGCAGGAGGCGAACACCGCGCAGCCUCCCACCAAGAAACAGAAAACUGAACCUAAGGAAACUGCCGAAGUAUGUGUGGGCACGUCAGUCGGUACUAUCACGGAGCCCGACUGCCUCGGCCCCUGCGAGCCUGGUACCUCGGUCACGUUGGAGGGCAUCGUGUGGCACGAAACGGAAGGUGGUGUAUUAGUAGUCAAUGUAACCUGGCGGGGGAAGACCUACGUGGGUACGCUACUGGAUUGUACGCGACAUGAUUGGGCGCCGCCGCGGUUUUGUGAUUCCCCGACGGAGGAGUUGGAUUCGAGGACGCCGAAAGGUCGGGCAAAACGUGGCCGAGGCGCGGCGCCGACCGACAUGACGAACUUCACAGAGACGCGCUCAUCCGUACACAGCAAGUUGCGUAACGGCGGCGCUAAGGGCCGGCGCGCGCUACCGUCGCCCACGCCCUUCACGCCACCACGGCCAGACUCCAAGAGGAAGCGUAACUCUGAGGCGGAGGAGCGGCCGCCCACGCCCAAGGCCAAGCGACCCCCGCCCACUCCCACUUCUCCCCCGCCCGACCCCGUCCUCCUAGAGUGUCCCGAGCCCAACUGCUCAAAGAAAUACAAACACGCGAACGGCCUCAAGUAUCACCGGUCGCACGCGCACGGCUCGCCCGAUGACGAUGACAAGGAUGGUUCCAGUUCGGAGCUAGAGGAACCGACGGCGGAACCGGCGUCACCGGCCUGUCCUCCCUCGGAGCCCGCAACCCCCGCCACGCCUGUGAAGUCACCCACGCCCGCUAAGUCUCCGGACGUAAAGAGCGACAAGUCUCCGGAGAAAUCGCCAGAGAAGACGGAGCCAGUUGAGGUGUCGCCACAGCCCAGGUUCCCCGAGGAGUUCGCGCCCACGCCGGAGCCGACUCCACAGCCCGAGCGCCCUCCGACGCCGCCGGCGCCCUCUACGCCCCCACCCGAAACUCUCCCUCCGCUACAGACUUUACAGCCAACGCAAUUCAAGGUGAAACCUCGGUCAGCUUUGAUGCCAUCUGAGGAGCGUAAAUCAACGGAAUCCCCGGCGGAGGAGUCACCGGGUAAGCGGAGAGCACGGCGCUCACCCACGCCGGGCGUGCGCUCACCCGCCUACUCCGACAUCUCGGACGACGCCGCGCCGCCGGAGGGCGCGCCAGACGCCGAGCCCAGCCAUCGCCCCUUCCCCGUCUACCAUCAGUACUACGGGCAGCCACAGUAUCUGCAGCCCACGCACCCUCCCGCCGCACCUCCGCCCGCACAAGAUAAGACCAAGGAGGACCUCAAUAAAGGCGACCCUAAAGCUGAUCUCAAGGACAACAAACCAGAGAGCGGUCCACAAAAAGUCUUACCGCAGCAUUUCUAUCCAUACAACUACGUUCAAAAUUUUCCCUACAACGUGGAAUCUGGUGCUCCUCCGGGAACCCCGCUAGAAGACAAGAGCAAGUCCCACGGUGACGGAGACAGGUCCAAAACUACCCCCAGCCCAUUGGACAAGAGCAAGCAGCCUCGCCCUCCCGACGGCAAAGAGAACCCGGCGCGGCCCAACGAGAACCAUCAGAUACUCAAGGAGAGCAUAGAGAUGAAAGCACAGAUGGGUUCUUACGCAUUCCAACGACCGCCACAUACCAGGGAAGAAGAAUUAAGAAGGUACUACAUGAGCCUGGAACAGAGACGCAAAGAGGGCGGUGAUGUGAAGCCCGGUGGUCCCCCGGGCAUGCCGGGCGCUGCGGGCGGGCCGGGGGGCGGGGGCAACACCGGCCCGCCGCGCACCCCGCAACCCGCGCACAAGCCCCCGCCCAAAGACAAGGACGACAAACCCAAGGAGGAAGUCAAGGUUAAACAAGAAGGUCAGAAACCGACAACAGAAACACAAGGGCCGCCUCCACCGCCGACGUCACAGUACUACCUCCCGCCUUACAUGCAGCCUCCACAUUACGGGGCGUUACCGUUCGACCCCGUGUACCGAGCCCCCUUGAGCCCCAUGCUGGUGAGCGGGUACGGUCCCGGGUGGUCGGUACCAAGGUAUCAUGCCCCCGAGGACUUAUCACGUCCCGGGGCGCCGGGGAAGCUGGAACUAUUGCCACCGGGGCAGUACUACGGGGGUCACGGGGGCCACGGGGCACACGGAGCUCAUAAGAUCCACGAGCUGCAGGAGCAUGCCAAGUCGCCGGUGGGGAAGGCGCCGAGGGCGGAGGCGCCCAAGGACGGCGCCCGGUCGCCGCCGCCACAGCGCCAUGUUCAUACACACCACCACACACACGUCGGUCUCGGCUACCCGCUCUAUCCCCCCCCAUAUCCAGCGGCUGCGGUGUUAGCGAGCACGCAAGCGGUGGUCAACUCCUUCCCCACGCCGCCAAAAUGAAAGGAAUACUCCCAGAAUAAGGACCAACCCACACUAAGGGCGCGCGAUCACUCGCCGCCUCAGAGGACGUGCAGCCCAGAUGAAGUUAAACUCACCGAUAGUGACAUAGUGCAAGUGCAGUGACGUGACAAUGACCGGGACCACCGAGUCGAACUAUGACCGAGUUCCGGUAGACUUUAUCCCCUAGCCAUAAUUAAACUCUGUGAUUUCGCGUAAUUCAAACACGAGUGUAGAAAAUGUGACGUGCGCUUUGAAUGUUAGAUGUGUGCGAACCGAUAGUUACCUGAAGUAUAGUGUUGUGUUCCGAGAACUCUCGAAUGUAUGUUGAACAUUGGUCAAGUUAUUGUGGACGCAGUUGGAAGUUUCGCACUCGCUGUCCCCUCUCACUGGAACCUGUUUUUUUAUAUGUUAACUAGUUAAUGCACAAACUAGUUUUGUACAUAUUAGAUUUAUGUGUAAAUUCCCUUACAUUAGAGUCCAAUGCAGUAAUUGUAAUAUAAAACAUCGAAUUAUAUCCCCCCCCCCCCUCCUUUCCCCUGUGGACAUCGUACUGAUUGCAAGGUCGCUGUUCGAUGUAUCAACGAAUCCGUUGCAGUGAGAUUUUCGAGAUAAUAGCAUUCCACAAGAUAACAAAAGCAAGCGUACCUUAGUUUAUAAACAUAAAGUUAAAAUAAUAUAAUUAAGGUAGAUUAAGUUUAAAGGCGUCAGUGUGAUCAAUAUGAGUCGUAGUGUGCACAAAUCGUACUCUGUCUCAAUUAUGAUGAGGAACGACUAUUAAUAUAACGUAGAGCAUCCUAUAGAAUCGUGGAGUGUUUGACUAUCGCUGUGCGUAAUGUAUGUCUGGCUUAUAAUGAUUAUUGUAAACGAAAAAUAAUCUCAUAUUCCGAUAUUUUGAUAGACUCCCGAGCCCACACUGAAGCACGCUAGGUAAGGUCGGCAAAUUUACGAUUUAAUCUUGUUUCUUAGUACUUCCUAUUAUAUCCCGUUUUUGUGUGGGUGUAUUUCAUACAAGUCUUCCAGUCGAAUUGUUCAUACGACUGUUGCAACAUUUUUUUUUAAUCUAUAUUACUAUUGAAAAAAAAGCCGUAACUAAUGCUCUGUAAUUUUCAAUCGUAAAGAUGUGUACUUUGUGGAAUUGUAGAAAAAUUUUAGUAGUAAAACACUUCAAUUUAGAUCAACAAAUACUUUGUAGAGAUUUGUUUUUCUAUAAUUUAAUAUUUUAUUCAAUGUACGAACGUACCUGUCCGAUAAACAAAACCCGAUAUUUAUAGAAGGAAGCGGGGCCUAAAUACCCAAUUUAUAUAAAAAAGAUUUAUGUUGACAACUGGAAACCAGUGAAAUUUUGUUUUUACAAUUAUUAUUUACUUAUUAAUAUUAUAAUAUUGCUUUUUCCAAAGUCAUCGUGCGACUGCCUAAACUAUGUUUAUAAAUAAAAUUGAAACAGUUAGAGCUUCUUCAGUACAAACUGUUAUUUCCUAAGCUAAGUCGAAAAAAGUAUAAUUUGGCCAAAUAAAUCUAAAGAGAUCAGGCCGUUUUAAAUCUUAUUCUUUAAGCAUUAAGAGCCAUAAUGCUAACCGAGAUGUAAUAACAAUGAGCUCUAAUUUUAUUUUAAUUUGUCGAAGCGAGAAAAUGAUUCAUCUAUUUUGUACAAUAAAUAAAUUUUAUUUGUAUGCAGGCGGCUCUCUUUUUUAUUUUUUGUAA